UUUUAGGCCUAAUGGAAUUCUUUCCACAAAGUAUAAACUUGGUAGUUACUGAGAAAGGCUUAUAAAUGCUUACCAUGUCCCUCGCAAAAAUACAAGACCAGAAGCGCUGAAAUUAGAUAUACCUACUCAAGUUGAAGUUGAAGCUUGAAAAUGAGGGAGGCCAACAAUAGCUCUGUGGUGGUGGUUGACUUUUGGGGUAAUGGUUUUGGCAUGAGGGUGAGGAUAGCUUUGGAAGAAAAAGGGAUCAAAUAUGAAUACAGGGAAGAAGAUCUUACAAAUCCUCAAAGAAGCCAACUAGUUUUGGACAUGAACCCAGUGAGAAAAUCAGUGCCUAUCCUGAUUCAUCGAGGACAACCGGUUUGUGAUUCUGCAGCAAUACUUGAAUAUAUUGAUGAAACAUGGAAAGAUGGUUUCCCUUCAUUGCUUCCACGUGAUCCUUAUGACAGAGCCAUUGCAAGAUUCUGGACUGAUUUUGUUGACAAUAAGGUUUUUAGCACACAAGCUAUGUUCUUGAGGAGCAAAGGUGAUCGAGCAAAAGAAGAAAGCAAGAACGAACUGAUUGGAGAGUUGAAGCAACUGGAGGCAGUGCUAGGAGAUGAACAGUACUUCGGAGGUGCAAAUUUCGGAUACCUGGAUGUUGUCCUCAUUCCCUUCUCAAGCAUGUUUUAUGGAUAUGAGAGUCAUGGCAACUUCAAACUGGAGGAGGAGUGCCCAAAAUUAUCAGAUUGGGUCAAAAGAUGUUUAGCAAGGGAUAGUGUUCGAAAAGUUCUUCCUGAUUCUGUGGAGAUGUACGAGUUGCAUAAAAAAUUCUAUGGAAUUGAGUAGAUUGGCAUCUCUAACACAUGUUUAAGGAGUGAGUCCAGAUUUGAUUGGGGGUUUUUGCUACUUUUAUCAUUGAAGUUCAGAACACUUUCUGAAUCUGGUUCCAUUUUUCAAGAAAUUGUUGAACUUGCUACAUAUGUUUCAGUUUUCA